AUGCAGUCAUGCCGCCUCCUGUCCCGCCAGCUGCACCUUACUCUCAGGCGCUGCCGUUCAUCCCGAAACGCCAAUGAAGCAAUGCCAAAAAAGUGCCUUUUACUUUUUCUGAGCGCAGGCGUAGCACGGGAUUAGCCAAGUUGUCAUCACACAAAAAGUUGGUGUAGUUCUGAACCGGGUGAGAGAUCAUCCGCGAAAGCCUCUCCUCAGUAGCAGCAUGACCUCCCCACCUCACAGCACAGCGACGGAGACUUCGUGGACUAUUGGACCUUCAGAACUGGAGAUGAGUGAAGCUCCGCACGUGCGAAAUGACAGCGUGUGGUUCGGCAGUAGUCCCUCGGCGUCCGCGGAGCCGGCAGUGAUCACUCAACGCCAGGCAUCUCACCUCCAUCCCCGCGUGUCCGUGUACAGCGCCACCCGUCCCACUCUCUCUAGAUCCUACUUUCAAGGACGUGUGUACAAUUUUUUGGAGAGACCUUCGGGUUGGAAAUGCUUUGUGUAUCAUUUUACAGUAUUCCUCAUUGUGCUUUCUUGCCUGAUCCUCAGUGUGCUGUCCACCAUUGAUGAGUAUCAGACUCUGGCUAAUAAAACACUCUUCUGGGUGGAAUUAGUGCUGGUAUUGUUCUUUGGAGUGGAGUAUGUGGUACGCCUGUGGUCAGCCGGAUGUCGGAGUAAAUAUGUGGGAAUUCAGGGCAGGCUACGCUUUGCCCGGAAGCCCAUUUCUGUUAUCGACAUGAUCGUUGUGGUGGCCUCCAUUGUUGUGUUGAUAUUUGGCUCUAAAGGUCAGGUAUUUGCCACCUCUACUGUCAGAGGAGUCCGCUUCCUUCAAAUCCUGCGAAUGCUGCAUGUGGAUCGACAGGGAGGAACCUGGAGACUGCUUGGAUCGGUAGUCUUUAUUCAUCGGCAGGAACUGAUCACAACUCUUUAUAUCGGAUUCCUUGGGCUCAUCUUCUCUUCCUAUUUCGUGUACCUGGCGGAGAAGGAUGCCGUAGAUGACAGAGGUUUCACAGAGUUUAGCAGCUAUGCUGAUGCUCUGUGGUGGGGUGUGGUGACAGUAACCACUAUUGGCUACGGAGACAAGGUCCCUCAGACUUGGAUAGGGAAGACCAUUGCAUCAUGUUUCUCUGUCUUUGCCAUCUCCUUUUUUGCCCUCCCUGCUGGAAUCCUAGGCUCCGGUUUUGCUCUGAAGGUGCAGCAGAAACAGAGACAAAAACAUUUCAACAGGCAAAUUCCUGCAGCUGCAUGCCUGAUACAGGUGUGCCUGACUGGUACCUAUAGAUGUGAUAUUGCUUGUUGUUUGUCGGUCCCCCAAGGAACACAGGUCAUUCAUUGUGAAUUAGUGGAGGGUGUAGCUGAGAUUAUGUAUUCUACGGUGGCUGUGCUGAUGCCUCCUCUCUGCGAGUAUUUACUAAUGGCGCGUUCCUCUGUGAGUGGCAUCUAUGCUAAUAUCAGUCCACUUCAUUUUUAUUCCGAGAUGAAUGUAGCCACCCAGAUCCAGUAUGUAUCCAGAUCAGAUGGUGGAUCAGCACCUAGAGAUGAUCUCUACAGCCCUGAAUGUCAGCUAGAUGAGCUCCAGAGACAGAUCCCCCCUGAAGACCACGUUAGCCAUCGGGAUAAGACCAUGAGAACCAGACAAGUCCUCUGCUCAAAUCUGACCUGUGUUGCAGCCUGGAAUGAAACCAUGCCAUGA